GGCAUCGCAGUUUCCCCAUCUCUAGUACCAAUGACGCUUGAAUUUAAGCGGACAAAAUCGAAAAAACACUAAAAACGCAGACGCUGGCUAGAAAACUAGUAAAUCCACCCAAGAUCAGACACUUUUAACCUUAAACCGGAAAGUGCUCGAAAGCAGAGUCCGCCGCCAAGAUGCCGCGCACCAAGAUACCAAAGAACUCGAAGCGCAAUCGCGAUGUGGCGAAUCGCGAGGAGAAGUUGCGUUUGUACGAGCUCAAAAUGGAUUCCCGCCUGAUCAGCAUCGAUUCGCUGGAGACCAAGUUCCUGUCCGCCGUCGACCACCAGGUGAAGACGCUCCUGGGCCAGGUGCAGAAGGAGCUGGCCAACUUGAAGAUGCCCGAGGUCUUGAGGCUCUUCGGCGAACUGGACCGCUUCAGCGACUUCAAGGCCAGCGACCAGACGCAGCUGCUCGCCUCGAUGUCCAUGAGCGGCAGCGCCACCGACGGCCACGCCCCCACGGCCACCGGGAGUCGCAAUGACGAAGGCUACCUUACAGAGGACAGCAGCAUCGGGGCCAGCGGCGGCAGCCUCCUUUCCGCCCACACGGGCUCCUUGCUGCGGUCCACGAAGGCCAUGCGAACUCCAGGACCGCUGCACUCGGCCAGGGCUCGUCGUGGGCGGCGCAGUCAGUCGGCCUGCGGGGAGCUUAAUAUCCUGCACUCGGCCAAACCGCAAAGUUCGAACAGCAGUAAGGCAGCUGGAAGUCGGAAUUCACGGAGUAAGAUGCGCACUCCAAUGGCCUCACGCUCCAAGGCUUUCAGUGCCGAUCGCACACCGCUAGCACAGAUGCAGAUGCGAUCGGGAUCACCGUGCUCGCCGCCAAUGGCCUUCCUGCGCUAUCCCAAGCCCGGCGAGGUGGCCCUCUCCAAGUUCGGCAGCCCCAUGGUGGCUCAAGUAAUGCCAGACAAGUUCGCCAAUGUGAACAUACCCAUUCGAAACGGAGUGCUCAGCUUGCGGCCCAAGAAACUGGAUGCUGGGGAGGUCGAGUCGAAUCUACUGGAGAAUCUGGAUGAGGAUACCCUAAACCAGAUCAAAACACUGCACGAGAACUUGCAGAUGAUCGUAAAUAAGGCCAGCCAGGCGGGUUUUAAGUAGUGGCCCAUUCGAAUUGCUUUUCUAGAUAUAAUUCUAUAUCAUAUAUUUUAGUACGUUUUUUGUUUAAGUUCAGUUUUCAUAUUACCCAAAUAGUUCAAGUAUUUUGUCUUCAUUUAUUAAAUUCUAUAACGUAUUUACAUAAGCUUCAACACAAGUUCAUAAAUUAUAUGUUCAUCCAAGUGUCCGGGGACUUCAUUGUAAUUUUUUAAGUGCAUUGUUAAAAUAAAAAAUGCGUCGCUCAAUGAUUA